AUGUCCCAACCCUCCCACCGGCCGCCUAAUCGGAGCGUGAACAGCCUGCGAAAUGGAUCCAGACUAUCCAGAGACCUCUCGAGGGAUCUCUCGAGGGACCGCUCCAACCCUCGCCGCAAAUCUGUUACCGCAAAUGACGCAUACUUAUACGCAUUAAAAGUUGCUUACCUCUCCUAUCUGCUUCAGCCCCGAACGACUAGGAAGCGCCAUGUCGAAACAAAGCCUCCCGUCACGCGUGCCAAUUCCUCUACUUCUUUCCAUGAUCUUAUGAAUGACUUCACUGUCGUUCGAGACUCCAAAAGCGCGAGGUUUCCACAUGACUUUGUCAAAGAGCUGGAGAAGAGGCUGCAGGGCAUCUUAAUCGGCCGGGAGAAGCGCCCUGAAUACCAAGAUGCCUUGGUCAAGCGUAUCUUUGCCAUUUUCCUCAACGCCCUGUCUGAUCCCGCUUUUAAAAAACGUAUGGAGGCCGAUCGGAGAGCGGAGGAUCUAGUCCUCAUUUUCUUCUCCAAUGCAACAAAAGAGCUACAGAAGGGGAAACCCCCCGGUGAUGAUGGGGUCAAGCGUAUGGUCGACCGGCAUGUAGCUCUCUUCGUUCGACUCCUGACCUUGAUCUUGAAGGACCGCGAUUGGGCCAAGGACAAGCCUGAUCUGGCCUCACGCCUAGCCACGCUAGAAUCAAAGCUACUAAAAGGUGAUGAGAAUCUUGCCACUUCUCAAAGCAAUGGAGAGUUCAAGAUGGUCGAAGAGGUCGUGCCCUUGUCAUACGAAGUCAAAGAUAUGCCUUUGGUGCAAGUGGUGGGCAAAGUCUUUGGUCUUACAAACACCAUGUUACAAUCUGAUAUCACCAAGAACAAGCCUGUGUGGACCGAGAAGGCCGCUUUGCAAGACUUGAAGACAUAUCAGCAGCAUCUAACCCUUGGGACUAAGUUGACUUUAAACGCCGAGGACUUUGACACUCACGAAGCAUACGAAACAUGGAAGAAGAACGAAAGCCCAGAACUGUCUCAGAUGAUGCUGGCCAUUAUGCAAUCCAAUCCCCAGUUGGCUAAGAGUACUCCUGGCGGAAGCUUGCCAACUUUCAAUUCCCAGAGUUCGUCCACCAGCCCAAAUGAUGCACAUUACGCAGAAGUUUCUCGCUCUCUCUCUCAGCCCACUGAUUCCUCUUCCUACGUGCUCGAUCUACCGGUGGAUUUGGGCGCUCUCGAUUUGAACUCAGCCGAAUCUGCUGCCUCUCAAGUCAAUGGCGAUGCAUCACAAAUCUACACUUUUAUCCCUUCUAAUCCUAGAGCCAUGUUCCGCUUUGUCCUCCUCCAGGCUCUUAAUCAUGAACUCAAUGACAAAACGGACGACGCUCCCAGUGGCCUGGAAAACGGCCAAUUAUUCUCAAAGAAGACUGCUGAAUUGUUGAACGAAAUUGCAUUGAGAUGGCGCAUUCCAAAAUUCACCCGCAUCGUACUGUUUCUGGAUGUUGUGCGCGAAAAAUUCGCUGAGCAGGCUAUCAGUCUAGAAAUGCUGGAUGCAGCCUUCAACUAUGUCAAGGAACCUCCUCAGGAAGAUGCAAAGAACAAGAGGAACUCCUUGAUCAUGACCUCGGCGUUGUACGAUCGUUAUAAUUGGACAAUCUCGGAUUUUGCUCUCAUGGGGAAAUUGCUCACCGCACUGUACAAUGCACUGCUUCAGCGGUUAUAUGAUGUGAUAUUGACGUCUUAUGCUGACAAGGCUCAAUUACCACAACUUGGAGCUAUUAUGGCCAUUAUUGACGAACACAUCCGGAAUGACCCAAGUUUUGCUCAGGGCUCGGAGGAUUUCGACGACUUUAAACAUGCUGCGAUCGAAGGAUUGACAGCCGAAGCUAGGAAAAUGUACAAUAUGAUACUCGCUCGUGAACUACCUCAAGAAGACGACAAGUGGGAAUUCUACCAUAUUCAACAGCUGGCCAAGGCGCUUCUGAAACUCGCAGAAAAGAUUCAGAAGAGAUUCAGGAAAAACCCAGAGAUCCUUGGUAUUAACCCGCUGAUGAUCCUGCUGCAAUCUACUCUGCCAGCUUUCGGAGAGGACUCUAAGGCAAUGGUCGAGCAGAUUUUGAUCCUUGCAGAGAAGACCCAAUCUGAAAUCCCAAUUCAGGAUGGUUUCGAUUUGUACAAGGACCUGAGCGAGUUUCGUCGUGUGCACAGCGAUGCUUUGCCGGGAACCCCAUUUCCCUAUAAGAUUGAAGAUCUCUUGGCUGAGUUCGUCUGGAAGUGGAUUCGGUCGACUGAGGGACAAGUUAUUGGUUGGGUCGAAAACGCUGUCAAGCACGACACCUUCGCGGUUAGGACUCAGCACCCUGACCAGGUGCCUACAGAAGAUGAACGUCACUCCACUUCUGUGAUAGACAUCUACCAGUCUUUCAACCAGGUAGUCGAUCAGGUGGCUCAACUCAACUGGGACGAUGAUCUCAGCUACGCCAAGUUCAUGACAGCCUUGGCCAAAUCAAUCGGCGAUGGUGUGAGAAGAUACUGCGAACUUCUUGAUCAAAUGUUUACCAAGGAGAUGGACAGAUUGACUCCUGAACAAGAAGCCGCUGCCAACAUGACAAGACAAGAGAAGUGGAUGCAGCUGGCCAAGGAUACCUGGAACAACAAAGAAAGGGUUGAGCCCUUCCAGUUCUAUCCCCAGUCAUUUGUCAAGCUUAAUGACAUUUCUUUUGCAAUUCAUCAGUGGGACAAAUUGGAAGCAGAGGUCAAUGUGGAUGGUUGUGCAGAAGUGGUCAAGAAAUACCAACCACCCGCAGCCCAACGGCCUCGAAAAGCAACAAAUUACGUCUUCAGCAUUAAAAUUGUUGAAGCCGAGGAUCUGAAAGCGUGUGACGUCAACGGAUUUAGUGACCCCUAUGUCGUCCUUACCGACGAAUAUCAGAAGCGUCUGUCUAAAAGCAGGAUUGUCUAUCGAAAUCUAAAUCCUCGUUGGGACGAAUCUGUGGACAUCACUACUCAGGGUCCGCUCAAUCUGAUUGCAACAAUCUGGGAUUGGGAUGCCGUGGGAGACCACGAUUAUGUCGGAAGAACAUCUCUAAAGCUUGACCCAGCCCAUUUCAGUGACUUUCUACCUCGCGAAUACUGGCUAGACUUGGAUACUCAGGGUCGCCUCCUGGUUCGAGUAAGUAUGGAAGGUGAACGGGACGACAUUCAGUUCUAUUUCGGGAAGGCGUUCAGAUGCCUCCAACGUACGCAACGAGACAUGACUCGACGUAUAACGGAUAAGCUGUCCGCAUAUAUUAAUCAUUGCUUGUCACGACGAGCUCUUCGGUUGCUUCUCAAUCGUGGGAUAUCAAUAUCCAGUGUAUCCUCAUAUUUUGCAAGGAAUCGCACAUCCAUGGUCCCGAGUGCUGCUAUGCCAACUGAUACGGAGGUUAUCAACGCUCUAAAGCCACUGUUCGACUACUUUGAUGACAAUUUCGCCAUCAUGCAACAGACGCUUACUCCCGACGCUAUGAUUGCAGUGAUGACUCGGCUGUGGAAAGAGGUCUUGACAACGGUAGAGAGCCUUCUCGUCCCACCUCUCUCGGACAAGCCUUCACAGCAAAAACCGUUGACUCAGCAAGAGAUUGAUGUUGUUUAUAAAUGGCUGCAAAGUCUUUUCGAGUUCUUCCAUGCUGUCGACGAGGAGACUGGAGAGGCAAAUGGGGUUCCCGUCAACGUGUUAAAGAACCCGAAAUAUCAUGAAUUGCAGAUGCUCAACUUCUUCUAUACUGAGCCAACAGACUCUUUAAUUCGAGAAUCCGAACGGAUGGCCUCCACAACAGCAGCAAAUCAACAAGCGCAUCGGUCGAGAGUGUCUGCUCCAGCUAGUCUGGGCCAAGUAGGGGGUGGGGGUCUUCUACAGCCUGGAAAUAUGGCAGGUGCUCGGCGUGCUAAGAGUAUAAUGAUGAGCCGAAAUCUUGGGACCAUGCGAAAGGCGAAGGAGGAGAAGUGGAAGGCCGCGCAGGCUGAACCAAAUGAUGACAUGAUUCUAAGAAUUCUCAGAAUGAGACCCGAGGCUGGAGGGUACUUGAGAGAUCGCUCUAGACAAAAGGAGCGUCUUGCUGCGGCGGCGGCUGCAGAGAUGAUUGUCAGAACAAGUCUCCUAUCGGGUGGAGGGAGAAUGACGGGGCCAAGUGUGAUUCGACGAUGA